AUGGUUGGCACGUGGAGGAUGGGGCCUUGGGCCGUCCUGUGGAUGAUGCUCUGCCUCUUCUGCCUCCCGCCCUCUGCCAGGGCCCAGACGAAGAUCCCGCUGGAGACGGUGAAGUCUUGGGCAGAUGCAUUCAGUGUGGAGCUGUACUCCAUUGUGACUAAGUAUUCAGGCUCUCUCCUGCUGCAGAAGAAGUACAAAGAUGUGGAGCCAACUCUGAAGAUCAAAGAGGUGGAUGGCUUGGAACUGGUGAAGAAGUUCUCCGAGCAGAUGGAGAGCAUGCUCCGCAGGAAGGUGGAAGCUGUUGAGAGGUUGGUGGAAGCAGCAGAGGAUGCAGACCUGAACCACGAGUACAACUCCUCACUGGAGUUUGAUUACUACAACUCUCUCCUGAUUAAUGAGAAAGAUGAAAAUGACAAUUAUGUGGAGCUGGGAGAUGAAUUCAUUUUGGAGCCAAAUGAGCAUUUCAACAACCUGCUGGUGAACACAACCUACAGUGACAUCCAGCUCCCCACCAAUGUCUACAACAAAGAUCCUGACAUCCUGAACGGUGUUUACAUGUCAGAAGCCUUGAAUCCCAUUUUUGUGGACAACUUUGAAAGGGAUCCCACCCUGACCUGGCAGUACUUUGGCAGCUCCACUGGAUUCUUCAGGCUCUACCCAGGAAUCAAGUGGUUACCAGAUGAAAAUGGAGUGAUCUCUUUUGACUGCAGGAAUCGUGGCUGGUACAUCCAAGCAGCCACCUCUCCCAAGGACAUUGUCAUCAUUGUGGACGUCAGUGGGAGCAUGAAGGGCCUGCGGAUGACCAUUGCCAAGCACACCAUCACCACCAUUUUAGACACUCUGGGAGAAAAUGACUUUGUCAAUAUCAUUGCAUACAAUGAUUAUGUUCAUUUUAUUGAACCCUGUUUUAAGGGUAUCCUGGUCCAAGCAGACAGAGAUAACAGAGAGCAUUUCAAGCAGCUGGUGGAAGAGCUGCAUGCAAAAGGAGUGGGGACUGUGAACAAGGCUUUGACAGAGUCCUUCAAGAUCCUGAGAGAGUUCAGGGAGGCCGGGCAAGGUGGGCUGUGCAACCAGGCGAUCAUGCUGAUCACAGACGGAGCAGUGGAGGAUUACGAAGCUGUGUUCGAGAAGUACAACUGGCCAGACCGCAAGGUCCGGGUUUUCACUUACCUCAUUGGGCGAGAGGUCACUUUCGCACCCAACGUGAAGUGGAUUGCCUGCAACAACAAAGGCUACUACACCCAGAUCUCCACGCUGGCAGAUGUCCAGGAGAAUGUGAUGGAGUACCUGCACGUGCUCAGCCGGCCCAUGGUCAUCAACCAUGACCACGACAUCAUCUGGACUGAAGCCUACAUGGACAGUGCGCUGCCACAGUCCGAGGAGCUCUUUGCCUCUCAGGCUCAAAGCCUGUUGCUUAUGACCACAGUGGCCAUGCCAGUCUUCAGCAAAAAGAACGAGACGAGAUCUCAUGGCAUUCUCCUGGGUGUGGUGGGCUCUGAUGUACCACUGAGGGAGUUGUUAAAACUUGCUCCACGCUACAAGCUGGGUGUCCAUGGAUACGCCUUCCUGAACACCAACAACGGCUACAUCCUUUCACACCCGGACCUCCGUCCCUUGUAUAAAGAAGGAAAGAAACUAAAGCCUAAGCCAAACUACAACAGCGUAGAUCUCUCAGAAGUGGAAUGGGAAGACCAGGAUGAAAUACUGAGAACUGCCAUGAUCAAUGGGGAAACAGGCUACCUCUCUAUGGAUGUGAAGGUCCCUGUGGAUAAAGGGAAACGUGUUCUGUUCCUCACCAAUGAUUAUUUCUUCACGGACAUUGCUGGCACACCCUUCAGCCUUGGUGUUGUGCUAUCCAGGGGACAUGGGGAGUACAUUCUGCUGGGGAACACUUCAGUGGAAGAAGGUUUGCAUGACCUGCUCCAGCCAGACCUGUCUUUAGCGAAUGAAUGGAUUUACUGCAUCACUGACAUUGAUCCGGACCACCGGAAGCUCAGCCAGCUGGAGGCUGUGAUCCGUUUCCUCACUGGAGAGGAGCCUGACCUGGAAUGUGAUGAGGAGUUGGUGCAGGAAGUGCUGUUUGAUGCAGUGGUCACUGCACCCAUGGAGGCCUACUGGACAACACUGGCCCUCAACAUGUCCAUGGAUACUGAGGCAGGUGUGGAGAUGGCCUUCCUGGGCACUCGAGCUGGACUCAUGAGGAGCGCCCUGUAUGUGGGCUCUGAGAAGAUUUCCAACCGGAAAUUCCUGACACCGAAGGAGAAGGAAAGUAUCUUCACCAUGGACCACUUCCCUCUGUGGUACCGCCGGGCAGCUGAGCAUCCCCCCGGGAGCUUCAUCUACAGCAUUGUCUCAGAGGAUGAUUCAGAGGGAGGUGGCCUGCCCAAAGUGGUGACAGUGAGCACGGCUGUGGCUGUGUCUGUGGAUGGGAAGAUGGGAAUUGCUGCAGCGGUGGGUGUGCAAAUAAAGCUGGAGUUGCUCCAACUGAAGUUUUGGAUGGCCAUGCAACAGCCCAAUGACAGUGAUUGCAGUGCCUUUGACGGUGCCUGUCCGCUGAGCUGUCAGGAUGAUAUUCUGAAUUGCUUUCUCAUCGACAACAACGGCUUUAUAUUUGUCUCCAAAAGACCUGCAGAGACUGGAAAAUUUUUUGGUGCAGUGGAUGGCUCAGUGAUGACCCAGCUGCUAAACAUGGGCAUGUUCAGGAGGGUGACCAUGUAUGAUUACCAGGCAAUGUGCAAAGUCCCCUACCACCACCACAACAGCGGUGCCCGGCCCCUGCUCAGCCCAAUCUAUGCCUUUCUAGCAGCAGUGAAAUGGCUGAUCAGUGAUUUUCUCAUCUUCCUUUUGGAGUUUAACAUGAGUAGCUUCUGGCACUCAGACAACUUGGCAGAUGCCAAGGCUGUCUUCCAUCACUCUCACAAGCACAAGAAGCACGACACCUUGCAGCCCUGCGACACCGAGUACCCUGUGUUCAUCUACGAGCCGGCCAUCAAGGAGACCAACGGCCUGAUCGACUGUGGAGACUGCCAGAAGAUGUUUGUGGCACAGCAGAUCACCAGCAGCAACCUGCUGCUCCUUGUCACAGAUGCUACCUGCGACUGCAGCAUCUUCCCACCUGUCCUGCUGGAUGUGACCGAAGUCAAAUAUAACGCCUCGGUCAAGUGCGAGCGGAUGCGGUCGCAGAAGCCGCGGCGGCGGCCGGACUCCUGCCACGCCUUCCACCCGGAGGAAAACGCCCAGGACUGCGGUGGUGCUGCUGAGGUCUCUGUCUCGCCGACGCUGCUCCUCCUGCCGCUGGCCCUGCUCCUGCAGUGA